AUGGACAAAGACUACGUACGAAAAGAUCCGAGACUUCGUUUUCUUAAAUUUCUUUUACUUUGUUCUUUGAUGAGUCUUUGGAUCCAAGGUAGGUUAUCUUUGUAAGUAAUUCAGUAAAAAUAAUAUAUUCUGUACGCUUUGUGUAUAAGUAAACCCAACAAAUUAUUUUCACUCUUGAAAAAAAAAAAUAAAAGAAACAGGGCUCCCAAAUUCCCCCAAGAAUCAAGAGAACAAAGCUACGGUCAUUCAUCGACUGAUUUAGAAGGAAAAUGUUUUUGAAAGAGCAGCAGACACUGUUGUGACCUUGAGUUACUGUCCUCAUUAGCACGAGUCCAUUAUAGCGGGAAUUUGUUUCAGUCAAACAUCUGUAAACUGAUUAUGAACUGGAAAAUCAGCACUGAGAAAAUAAAUCAUAUGCUUGUGGAAACGAUGUAAGAAAAGUGUUCAAAGAGCCCUUCUGUUCAGAUAUAAACUUAGCAAUAAUUCAGCCGUUAAUUUCCUGCUUCAUUUGAAAUAACUCUGACCAGGUCGCCGAGGAUUGGCUGAAACAGUAGAUAGGGUUUUCAUCGCUGACAACAGAAGCUGAUUUUGUUUCUCGGCAAGCUAAAACUAGCUGACGAGUAUGGAGUGUAGUGUUUCACGGUCAGUGAAACAUCCGGAUUUAACCAAAAUAAAUGCACACACAACAGAUUCAACUCGACACUUCACCAUGUGCUUUUUAAUUACCCAUAACUCAUUUCGACCGUACACAAUUACAUCAUCGAUACUACAUGGAGUAUGGAAACUAAUAACUCACUAACGACCUCAAUGUGGAUUUGCCCUUAUGCCGUUAGCGUCAGUUUAAUUGCUUCAGAACCGUCAAAGCUGGUAACCAAAACAACAGAAAUUGCACGGAAAAAAAUUUACAACUGAAGCAAGCAAAAAAAAAAUACUAGUGAGGAUCGUCCCUUAUCCAACAUGACCCUUCUUUAGGUUUGGAGCAACUGAGUGCUAAUUUUGGCGGGAAUACUGAUGGCGGCUGCAAAAGUGGCCUUCAAACGUACUACAGUAAUUGAGAGCAGUUAUACUUAUAGUAUUCGUGCAACUAAACGAUUUAAUGUUAGUUUUCAUUUAGGAAACGCAAAAAUUCAAAAACACCCGUUUAAAAAGAGAGCGAAGAGAGUAUUAAAGCUUUUAGGGGUAGGUUCGGAAUAAAUAGUUCAGGAAGUUUGCCACCGACACCGGCGUUGUUGCAAGGUGGCUUGAAAAAUGACUUUAAUAAUUAAAAGUAUGCUAAUUUAUUCCGAUAAUUUAGCUAUUUCCCAUCUUCAGCGUCCUAAAACUACAGCCGGAGUUCUCCUUGCGACACUCUCAUAAGCGACCACCUCUGAUUACAGGCAGCAUUCAGUGAAACACCAUUUGAACUGGCUUUUAAAAGCCCUGUAAUGUUAAGAGCGAAUGCACAGAAAAAUCGAGCAAAAUCGGCAAACCGUGGCCACAGCUCAAAACCUAACUUACCCUCAUUUUCAGUCUGUAAUAAGGUUUUAAUGAGUUUAUAACACUGCUGAGGUUUAAAUUUCAAAAUGCGGCCGAGUUUGCGAAUUAUUUGAGAUUUUCGAUUUCAACGGUCUGCGGGCCUGAAAUUAGCCGCCGAACACGGCAAUAUAGCCUAGCGACAGAGAUGAGCUGACUUUCAUAAACGAGCGAAUAUAUUGGCAAUCUUCCACUUAAAUCUCAAAAAACAGCUAUUAACAAUUUCUAAACAGCACAUUUUUAGAUUUAGAGGGUAAAAUAUCGACGAACGAGCACAAUUUUGAAACGUAAUUUGCAUAAUGCUUAUAAAUACAACAAUUUACCGCUAAAACCAAAAUCGAAUUUUCUAUAUGGGGGAAUUCUCCAAAUCACCCCAAAUCCCGCUUACUACCCAAUGAGAUAUAGUACUUCAACAUUAUCUGAAAGUUAGUCUGGUGUUCUCGCGAACGCUUGUAAAAUAGAUUGAUUAUUUUGAGGUUAUUUUGCCCCAAACAACUGCUAAUUGACCCCAGGGUCAAUUGACACGUGCACGUCACCUUAGUUUUAUGCAUCGAUUUGAGCUCGUUAAAAGGGAGAAACUAACAAGAUUCUUUUAAUACGUACCUGUUUUAAUGAAAUACACGCAAUCUUCAAAAGGAGAGGCCGUUCAAUGGGUAAUUUCUGUUCUUGAGAUCUUGUAGAUUGCAGCAUGACGUCUGCGAGUGGACCUGAGUCUAGGUCUGUUUUCCCGUGACUGCGAAAUCAGAAUAACAUCAAGAAAUAAUUCUCCCUCGAAUCUUCGUAAGUGAAUCAGCUUUGCAAUGCCUUACCUGAGAUAAAAAGUGGCCCGAAUAGCAAAACAUUUCUAGCGUAAUUUGGAUCCUUUGUGGAACGCAGUGUAUUGCUGAGCGAAAGGUGAGUAAACAAACGUGGGAAAGUACGUGACCUUUGAUUGCGUGACCCGCCAGUAAACGAUAGUUUCCAGCGAAAAAUUUGCCUGCGUGCAGACGUCUCCUAUUUCCUUUGUUGCACGCGGAAAAGGGACGUCUGCGUAACGCCGUCGCUAAUCGUGUUCCAGCGUCCUGCUGGGUUCCCAAGAUCUUGGGAACACGCUGCGAUAGGCUGACACACAGUGCGCAUUGUUUGACUUAACGCUGAUUGGUUGUUAUCGAAUGUGGUCUGAUAAUGUAUGCGGUGAUUUAAAUGAUUUAUGUAAGCAGGGUUUUCUAACCGAAACAAAUCAAGACAUGUGCGAUUGUGUGCUGUGUUUUUCGUCGAUCGAAAAGCAGAGCGAUCGAAAUCUUGUGCGGGGACGCGGAAAGUUUAACGUGUACGAGGAAAUUAUUUCUUUACAAUUUACUGUGCAUGACACAUCACAUCAUAUUUGUGAACAGUGUCUGAGAAAACUACAAAAGCGGCGUGGACUUCGCACCAGGCAGGCAUUUCAGAGAAAGCCAGCCAAAGAAACUAAAAUCUUUAUUUAGCCGUAACAAACAGAGGUCAAGAAAAUUUAAACACUUUACAACUGCAUCUGAAAUCAAAUCCUAUCGGGAACACCCACAGAAGCACAAACCACAGGAAAUGAUUACUCAGUAUGCAUGUAACAAACCUGCUUCAUGACCUCUAAAUGAGCGGCAAAAAUGAGAUUUACUCAGUCAAAGGUUAGAAUGCUACAUGCACUGUGUAGUGCUAGUAAUCUUCGCGCGAGAGAGAAAAGAAGAAAAACCUCUGUUCAAGCAGACUCUCAAGGUCACGUUUCGCUCGUAUCACGAGCUUAUGACGUUUUGUUUGGCCUGUCAACUCUUAUUUCUAACCGGAUAUUAUUUCACAAUUUAUGCGAAAUAGAAUACCCUGCCAGCGGGACGCUGGAACACGAUUAGCGACGGCGUUACGCAGACCUCCCUUUUCCGCGUGCAACAAAGGAAAUAGGAGACGUCUGCACGCAGGCAAGCGAAAAAUAGGAUUCGCAAAAAUCUUGCUGAUGUAUAUUUAACAGUUUGUUACUAUAAAUUUACAGCUGGUUUGUCUGAAACUUUAAACAAUGCAUAUCUGUCCAAGAGUAUAAGAAUGUUUCGAAAGAUCCACCCCUAAGUAACUGUGGGCUACUCCUUUUCCCCCAUCACCGAUGUGCACUUCCUUCCCGCUGUCUUUUGCAUGAGGCUUGUAUGCCUUUUUAACUGUUAUCGACACUUAAAACUGGCCGUUUAAGGCAUGGUUUAAGAACUUGACUGAUUUAAAAAACCGUCGCGAACAUGCGCUGUUAUUGUUUGACUUUGGAAGCUUUAAGCCCAAAAUGAUGGUGCAAUCUCGAGAAAUUUGCCCGAGUCUAAUUAUAAGACAGGGAACGGGUACCAAGAAAGGGACGGUCUCAUUUAGCAACCCGUGGAUAAUCUGAACAUGCUUGCCUUCUGUCGCAGGGGCAACCGUUAAGGCCAGGUACGCCGCCCCCACCCGAGAGGAUUGCAUGGCAUCCACCAUUUCAGUCGCUUUUUCCACAUUAUGACCUUCAAUUAUCAUGAAUUAUAAUGCGGGCCUUGAUCGUUGCCACCUUACCAGAAGUCUAAUCUUCGCUCUGUUAGACCAUGAGAAUCUCUAUUAUUAUUCCAUAAAUGCACCAUUGACUUUUUCUUGCUCAGCGUCCGGUAAACCGAUACUCCGAAGCAAAGAUAUCUUUACAAAGACUCUAUCCAGGCCAGAACUCCUGAUAUCAACAAAUAUACCCCCCGCCUAAAGAGAGCAAACGUUCCCCGAACUACUCACUUGACCCACCCCAUCCCUUCGUUAAGAAAAACUACGUACUCAGUCCACUGGACAAAACGCGCUCGUGAAUAUACCAAACAAUAGCCGUUCAUCCUACAAGCAAUCUCAGUUUCAGCAGGCGUGGCCGCGUUUCCAGUUGCUGUAAGAUUAAUUCGACACCUGCAACAGACACUGUAAAUUGAAUAGCAGCCACAACGCCCUUCCUUGAAACCGUCAGGACGAGAAAGUUUAUAAAAGACUUAACAGGUGUGCGCGGCGGUUUUCUUCCUUCCCUCCCAUUGUAGUACUCAAAUUCUGACCCUGAUAUUGGGCGCGAUCCAUUCAACCAAACUUUCCGGAAAUUUCGGUCCAAAACUCAAUGGAUCGGUUCGGUCCAACCGGAAAAGUUUCGAAAAAACGGGUCCACCUUUUGAGGUGGUCCUCUUUUCCCGGUCGGACCGGUUGGAAUUUUGGUUGAAUGGAUCGCGCCUAUUAAUUCCAGUAGUAAUCAAUCGUUCCUGAGCCGAUAGGCACAAGGAUACCAGUUUCUUGCAAAAUAUGCUGUGACAUCCGUUUGCUCAUCCCCCUUUCUGCCUUCCGCCGCUGAUUAGGUUUGGUUCCCGUGUGCUUUGAAAUAACUUUAGGAACGAAACAUGAUACGUGAGGGGCGUGCCCGGCUAAGUGCAAGUGACUCUCAGUGGUGAAGACAUAUACUGAGCUUGUCAGUAUUUCGUAGCCUGUACCACGUCGCGAAAAUAGAACAAGCCAAAGAAAAAUAAGACGCCUUUCUUUCCCCAGCUCCCGCAGGUUUUUCGCAUUACUUUUUACUGCACAACUGAUUGUACCUUUUCGAGCCGGAGCGAACAUUGACGCCCUUGGGGUUAAGUUUCCACUUCAUUUUCGGCACCUGACUAAACGCAAGCGCUGACUUGUGCGCCUAUGCUUCGUUUGCACUGAAGUAGCAGUAUAUGACCACGACAGACUUGCUGCUAUCCUAGGUUUGAAACCGCAAUGGGCAAGAACAAUUUCUUGAAAAGAGCAAACUAUUUCCUCCUUAGCAGACAUGGAGAACAGGACUUAAGCAAGCAAUGCCAUUGCUUAAGUCCUACUAGACUUGAAAAGAGAAAGCAUGAUGCUUUCUCUUUUUAAUGAUUUAUGGCUAAACAGUACAAUUUCAUGUAGCUUUUACGCAACAUUAAAUACUUAGUUGUUUGCAGAAUUGCAUUUAACAACAAAUUACAGAAAUUUAACUAAGUUUAGAUCUCAUAGAUAAGAAUUGCACGGAAAAAAACUUUUUGAAAAAAAAAAAGUCAAAAAAUGUUUGCUGGAAAAUCACUUAUGGACAUACAAUAGCAGAGAUAUCAUGCCUGUAAUUUUCUGUUCAAUGCACCUUAUGACAAGUCUGACUAAUCCACUGGUAACCUAUGCCUUAAAACCGCCGUGAACCUUAAUAUUUAAUCCAUUUGCCUUUCAUGCGUAGCGCAAAUAUAUCUUCUGAACACUCCUGGGUUGGGGGUAAAAUCAGAAGAACAGAACAUUCAGUUACUGUACCAUCUUUAAAAGUGGGACAGUAUGUUUGCUAAUCAUCUUAGUUAAUCGCUUUUAAAAUAGGACAAAAGGACACCUGGUCAUACAGGAAAAUGAAUUUAAUGUAUCCCGAAAGCUUUGGUUUCCCGUGUACUUCUUUUUCGCAGGAGACAAUCGAUAAUUGCCUGGUCACGCAAUCGGAGGUGAGUAACUAAUAAAAGUCAUUGACACCAUCGCCGCUUAGCAAAUACACUACGUGCUGCAAAGGAUCCAAAUUGCGUUAGAAUGUUUUCCUAUUCGGCCCACUUUUUAUCUCAGGUAAGGCACUGCAAAGCUGAUUCAUUUACGAAGGUUCGAGCGAGAAUUAUUUCAUGAUGUUAUUCUGAUUUCGCAGUCACGGGAAAAAAGACCUAGACUCAGGUCCACUCGCAGACGCCAUAGUACAAUCUACAAGAUCUCUAGAACAGAUAUUACCCAUUGAACGGCCUCUCCUUUUGAAGAUUGCGUGUAUUUCAUUAAAACAGGUACAUAUUAAAAGAAUCUUGUCAGUUUCUCCCUUUUAACGAGCUCAAAUCGAUGCAUAAAACUAAGGUGACGUGCACGUGUCAAUUGACCCUGGGGUCAAUUAGCGGUUGUUUGGGGCAAAAUAACCUCAAAAUAAUCAAUCUAUUUUACAAGCGUUGGCAAGAACACCAGACUAACUUUCAGAUAAUGUUGAAGUACUAUAUCUCAUUGGGUAGUAAGCGGGAUUUGGGGUGAUUUGGAGAAUUCCCCCAUAUAGAAAAUUCGAUUUUGGUUUUAGCGGUAAAUUGUUGUAUUUAUAAGCAUUAUGCAAAUUACGUUUCAAAAUUGUGCUCGUUCGUCGAUAUUUUACUCUCUAAAUCUAAAAAAAUGUGCUGUUUAGAAAUUGUUAAUAGCUGUUUUUUGAGAUUUAAGUGGAAGAUUGCCAAUAUAUUCGCUCGUUUAUGAAAGUCAGCUCAUCUCUGUCGCUAGGCUAUAUUGCCGUGUUCGGCGGCUAAUUUUAGGCCCGCAAACCGUUGAAAUCGAAAAUCUCAAAUAAUUCCCAAAUUCGACCGCAUUUUGAAAUUUAAACCUCAGCAGUGUUAUAAACUCAUUAAAACCUUAUUACAGACUGAAAAUGAGGGUAGGUUAGGUUUUGAGCUGUGGCCACGGUUUGCUCGAUUUUUCUGUGCAUUCGCUCUUAAGCUCUCUUAAGCAACAGUCCCUGUAAGUGGACCUCUCUUGUGGAUCACCAGCAGGACCAUUUCAUUUGUUUUUAAGUUCUUAUAACCGACCACUACGUCGACACUUAAACAAAAGCAUUAACUUCAUGAUUAAAAUUUGGGGUAAUGCAGAGCAAAAGCGCGAAUAGUUCGUUGAUUUGGAAUGAUCAAAGUUAUUAAAAAAGAAACUCCUUAAUAUUCUUUUACCUAAAUGUAUUCGUAAUAAAGAACACAUGCUUAGGUGCUUAACAGCCCGUAAGUUUGUGUUGCUGCUAGGUAAAAAUACUGGUCGAGGGUGAAAAGAGAGUGAGAGACUGGGAAGAGCUCCGGGCGUGUAAAGAGACUGUUUCUUAAUCUAACAUGUUCCCAGGUUUUUUGCUAAGCUAUCGUUAGUGACUGCCCUCAUAUCCGUCUAAAUAUGGUCGCUUACUAGCGGUCCAUUGAGAAACGGCGAGCACUAGUUGCGUAAAAUUUACAUAAGAAACCUGAAACUAAGGUUGAGGUUACGAGAGCUAAUUUUAGCAACUGCCAUUCAGCUAGCCAUAGGCAACCAGAGCGCCUAGAAUAUGAAUACCUACAGCAAACUUUAUUGUCUUUGGAAAUAGCGAAGAGUGAAAUUUCCCAACUAAGUUUUCGGCUUCAGUCAGUGGGUGAUAAAAUGAGGAUCAAAUACACUUUAAACUUCAAUGGCGAAAGGCACAAAGGGCAACUAAUAUGUAUUUUAUCUGUAACUGAAUCCAAGUGGAAGGAGGGCCUUCUCCAAUAAAACUGACGUUAAAACCGAGAUGUUUUAAUUGAUCAGUUACAACUAGGCUCCCAUAUCCAUGCAACUGACUAUCUCAGCUUGAUAUAUGUUAGUUACACGAGUUAUAUGAGGACACGCAGUGAAUUCCAUUAAUUUAUCGAAACAGUUGAUUACUUGCUUCAAGUCGCUCAAACAGAAAACAGUUAUACAGCAAACAUGAAGAACGACUGCGUAGGAAAAGAUCUCAAAAUUUGUUUCCUUAAAUUGUUUCUGUUUUUUUCUUUGACGACUCUUUGGAUUCAAGGUACGUCAUCUUUGUAAGACAUAGUAGCAUUUUCGCGCUAUAUGUGCAUCAGUACAUGCAGUAAACCGGAAAAAAAAUAUUCCCUAUUUAGCGUCGCUCUCGGUCCUUGUUUCACAAGUAACAAGAGGCAGGGCAUCUCUGCGUUAUGUCACUAAUGUUUUAAAAAGCUUAAACAAAACCUAAAAGCUUAAACAAAAACUCCCCAGAAAGCACCAAGAAGAAAACAAGGCGGGUUAUUUUUCAGGUGUGAUAAACGAGUCUGUGUUUGCAAAGUGGAAAUCGACUGUAGACGCCAUAAAAGUAAACAGGAAAAUGAGUCAUUUUCUAAUUAUUUUUUCUUGCCUUUGCAUAUAAAAGCUAACUGAAAACGACGUGCCCAAUAAGAAGAAUCGACCGUUAACAAAAGGGACCGAAAAAUAUUCUUACAAAUCGUUAAUGUCGCCGGUUAAUAGAGAAGAAAGAUUCACGGGCGAUUGACCUCCUAAAUGGCAGAAAAAUUCGAUUGGCAAUAAAUUUCUCGCUAACAAAAUAAAUAUAUACCGUAUAACGGCGCCUGUAGAUCCGCGUCGCCCGCAAAAUCGCGGGUCCCAUGACUAUUUGCGCGCUCACAAAGGAAGCCGACGCAUGUCGCGUCCUUUGAUUCAAGACUCAAGUGUUAGCGUAUUGUUUCCACGAUACAAAGGUAACUUAACUUAAGAAAAUCAAUAGAACGAAGCUUUCGCUCAACUCUCUGUUUUAUAAGGAAAUGCAAACGCUUAACUUGAUAAAGAUAUUUUAACGAAUUAGGCCAGCAGAAUGUAUAGAAUUCCAGAAAAACAAUUCAGGAAGUCGAACGGUUUUGAACUGCGCUAGAAAUUGUUUUUAUCAGUAUGCAGAUCACCUACCGAAUCACUUACUUUCCAUCGAACUGAAAUAUCCUGACUUUUUUUAACACUUUUCGAUUUGCUUCGUUUCAUUUUAUAUUAUUUUGUGCAAGCUGAAUUCUUUCAUGCGAAUUUACGCUUUCAAAAGGAAAAAACGCCGAGGAAACGUUGUGUUUACAACCACGGCAAUUUGUAUCUAUUUCGCUUCACUUACGCUUUUAUGCAAAUUACUAUUCAUCCACCGGAUUUCGCUGGAGACAAAAAUGUCGAGUUUAAAUUCCCAGAUGCUUGCCUUUUUGGGCACCCUUUUUAUUUUGGCUAUCAAGAUUUUAAAAGCUAAGCUUCAGACUUUUCAUUCCAACGUUUUAAUGCGGGAAAGUUAUGAGAAAUGCUACAACUGAUUAAAGUCACGCAACACGCUUUAAGACCGCAUAACUUGAUCUUUCUGUUAUCUUUUGUUCUUCUAUUGUCUCCAAAACAAUAACGAUGUUUCACCAAUUUCCACCUACAAAUAAUAGAAGCGACAUUCGAUUGACAAAAAUUUGCAUUUACUCGCGACGCGUAUCUACAGGCGCGAUUCCGUAUAUAGCUGAUUAUAUUCCGCAAGGUCAUUCAUUGUUUUUUGUUUUAGUUAUUUGUUUGUUUGGUUUCAUCUGUAGCUUUUUAUUUUGGGGGUUGUAUUUUGCUUCUUUGUUGAUUUUUUAGUUUGUUUUCUUUGGUGUGGAACCGGUUGGACUAAUCAACUUCCCAACGCGGUAAAAUGUAGGCACGAAUAUAAAAUGUAAUAUUACAGCCUCGACGUGGCAUUGCUCGUUGCAUGUUAGGCUCAAUUCACCUGCAAUUCGUUAAAAAUGAUCAGAACAACAAAACAAAUAUCAACAAUACAAUUUGUAUAGCAAGUCAAAAAAAUAUCUACUGCCUAUAUCCGCCUCAUUCAACAUCAGUUAACAAGGAAGUCAUUGAUGAUUUCGGUGGGAACUGCAACGGAGACUGUGUUAGUGAAGAAAAAGGGCAAGGUUCUGUCGUCACUAUGCCGGAUAGAUAUAAAAAGGGAGUUUCCGGCAUGGUAUAAAUGGCGGCUGCACGGAGCUGGAACAAGUCGCUCACAGACAUUUCGAACAUCGUGCUGGAGCGGUUGGCCGAGAGAGUUUGGUACACUAAAUUCCAAUCCUCACUCUGAAUAUUCACCUCGCUACUUCUCUUAUUUUUCGCUACGUUCCCAAUACCUGUUACAUCCAUAUACACAUAAUCUUUACUUAAACACGAUAAUUUUUAAAGCUAUAAAAGCUUGUAGGGUCGUGUGUUUAAGAAUUAAACUAACCUAAUCUACAUCAAAACAUAUAUAUAAAUUAUAUAUAUCAUAGGGACACAGUCAUCAGUAAUAUAUAGUUAGCUCAGGGUCUGAGCUUGACGAUGAGACCAACCAAGACGGCAAGUCUCCCAUAAAAAUUCUCACCGCUGGGGAUAUUCUGGGCCUUUUUGAGGAACGUUUUCAAAAAUUCGGGUACAUGUACAUUAUAGGCGAUCAAAGGACUGCGAUGGUUCGAGAUUUUUCCGUGGAGCGUUCAUACGCGGAAAUAAUUUUGUUUUCAAUCCAGAAGCUAAUUCCUUGUUGUUUCGCGAAUUCUUGCCUUGACUAAAACAACAUCAGUUUAUGAUGCCUCGGAAAUUAAGGAAAUCAAAUAAUUCAUUACUAGACAUAUUAAAUUCUGCAAGCAGAAUACUGCAAUGCUGAUCCUACUACGUGAAAAUUCACCCUGCUAGACAUCAAUACGACACCGAAAGAACUAAAAACAGAGCGGGAUUGUAGCCAUAGACAGCUGUUUCGCCCUUUUUGGGGCCCGUCAGUAUUGGCGUAACAACCAGAGAAAGCUGUGAUGAAAAAUAUCGGCACACUCUGAUUAAAGCCCUGACCUAGAACCCCCAACACCCACAGAAUAACGCCAUACCACGUGUCUUCGGGGGGACAAGAGUCCAAGUGUCAAGUUGAUGUCUCGCAGAGAAAAUAAAGGAUUAGCCAAAUCAACCUCUAAAAUAUGAACAGAACCAUGCAAGAAUGUUUAUUACCGAAAAUAGUUUCGAUCAAGAACAACAAUAAGCUUUAUUUUCAUUACUAUAACAAAGUAUUACAGUAUUGCAAAAGCUACUUCAAUUAAUUAUGGAUUCCUUUUUAAAUAUUUAAAAUAGCUUUAAAUACAAUAAUCAUUGCUUACUUUCAACCAUCAUUAGGGUUAAUUGUUCCGAUCAUUUGCUGAUAAGACUGAGUGUCAAAUCAGCCAUUGCAAAGCUAUCUUUUAAAAAGCCCAUUACUUUACCAAAAAACAAUAACCAACCAAAAAUCAUAUUACAUGGGCUGGGAUAGUGACUUCCACUCGGAUAGUAGGCUGGGUGCCUUGUAGUAGGUUUGUCAAGAGUUCCGGUGGAGGUUUGUGUUAGUUAAUAAAUGUUUGGAUCAAUUUUGGUUUCUGGGAAACUGCCCACCUACCCCUCCGCUAAGCUAACAUUAACACUUACUUCUCGCUUAGGGCAAAAUGAUAGCUUAGGGGAGGGGUAGGUGGGCAGUUUCCCAGAAACCGAAAAUGCGAAUGUUUGAUGAAAUAAAGAAUUUCCCUUCUAUUCUUUCCAUUUUUACGCGAUAGAUGUGUCACCCACAGGGACCCUAGGUUGUGAAAUAAGUGCACAGAAAUGCCAACCACCUUUUCAGACGAUAACAGUAACGCCCAAAGACUCUAAAGUGACUUUGAACUGCUCGAUCAAGAAUGGGGGAAAAGUACAAGACAUGACCUGGCAGGACCUUGAAAGAAACCUCAGUGCAAGUGACGCCGGUCUGUUCUUACAACAAAUCUAUUCAAAGAAUAGAAGUCAGCCACGUGAAUGUUUUUCUAUAAAAUACGCCAGUGAGUAUGUUCUUCUUUUUCCCUGUCUGUAUUAAAUUGAUGGGGAGAAAAAUAUCAUAAUGCGCCCAUCAGUUUUUUUUGUGAGUGUCUUAUUUAAAUGGAUUAUAACGAAUCCUAUGAAUGCCUCGUAACAGGUUUAGGCAGAUUCAAGCUCAGCUGAGGCAAUUUUUACGGUUGGAAUGAUCGUAAAAAACGGUUGAAGUUAUAGCCAGUUGAAUCACCUCACUUGAACAUGGUUCACCGCGAAACUCUAGUUACUCAUGCCGUGCUGGAGGGUAAGAAAAGCAAAAGGACAUGACAAACAACAAACAAAGGAAUCAUUUCAAACGAUGUUAGCUUUUUGUUUGGCUUGACUCAGUGCGUAGGGCCGCGCUCUCCAGCAUGGCAGGUUUGUGCCACAAAAGUGACUUACUGCAAAGGGCCUAUUUAAAAUGAACAAGGCAUGGAGCAAAACAUUGUUGGUUGGAAGGUGUCGGUAAGACAGAUGACCGUAGGUAUCUUAAAAAUCGUGAGCUAAGCAACGACGACGACGAUAGCAGUGAAAAUGUCGCUAAAAAAUUAAAUUUGCCUCGUUUCAAAUGUUAUCGCGUCUAUUUGGAGCUGCUUAAUUUGUCAAAUGUAGGCGAUUUCUCUUGGAGUUGAAUUCUUAAGAACUUUAUUCAGGAUCAGAAAUAAAAAGGCGAAAUCGUCGUCGUAUGUUCACUUUCUCUAUAAAACGUCGCAUUAUUAGGAGGAUUCACUUUAUAGUCGUGCAGUGAACGUCAAAGAAAUAUAAUGUACUAAGAAGCUUGAUGUACGUGAAGCAACUGUUGUUUUCAUGUUAAAACCAAUUGUUUUUUGACGUUGUCGUCGUGGUAGUUAAGAUUUUCACAUUGUAGAUUUUGAUAUUUUUUGCACUAAUUCAAGAGGUUGCUAUAAAAAUUACAAGUAUAUUACAAAAACAACAAGAAGAAAACCAGCAAAUUACAUAAGUCCUGAUCAAAGGUGAAAUGUGCGCAGUCGAGUUGGUCACCAAAGCUCCCUAGUUUAAAUGACUGGGUGCAUGACUUACGAGCUUUGAAAUUAAGACGAAGAAUUCCUUCUCAGUUCCAGUUCAGAUAGUAUUUAAGACAAUUGAUGCCGAUGACUAAUAUCCUAACAUGAGAGAAAUUUGUAAAACAGCAAAAGUGUUCUAUGUGAAGCAAGCAAUAUUCUCACCACUAAAAAGGAUCAGAUUACACGAGGAGAUAAGGAAAGCUUGACACGAAGAAUGCAGUAGCUUCUGUUGGAAAAUCUGGUGUUGGGGAAAAAAUCUAACCAGCAAACAAAAACAAUGAGAACAAAAACGAAUUACAAGCCUAAAGCGAACGACAAAGGAAAAGAAAACAACGCCAUUUUUUUUCGAAACCUGGCCGAGUUCAGUAUAAAAAUAAUGAACUAAAAUUAAAUACCGACGUGCCGUACAUCGCAUGUCCUUGGAAACAUUUCAGAUGGCCCAGCGAAUUAUUACUUCGGCGGAGCGCGAAGUAAAGGAUUCGCGACGCUUAGGAAUGUAUCAAAGUUACAAUUUUUUGACAAGAUUGAGCAUGCAAAGUCUGUAGGUUUUCGGUUUUAUUCGGCUAUUUGACGAAGUGAGAGCCGAAUUAGUCCGAGAUAUCUCGAGAUCACUUCGAUUUCUUUGAUUUAUUCUUUAACUUUUUCGAGGAAGAAAGAAUUAUUAUUUUGGCUUUCCCGGGGUUUGAACCGACUCACCUGUGUGACCCAUCAGGUCAGAGAAGACUCUAAGAUGAGGGAUUAGCCGAUUGCGCUACUGCGACCCAAGGUAGUUCGGGCUAUGUAAAAUAGUUAUGAAAUUAUGCACCAGUUUCGGGACAAGAUUGGGCGUGCAAGUUCGCGACUUUUCGGCUUGUGUCGGCUAUUUCACGAAAUGAAACCGGGCAACUUUGUGAUAUCUUGAGAUCACUUCGAGUUUAGCCUUUAAUUUAUUACUCGAGGAAUAAAUAGAGGAUAUUACGUGGCCGCGCAGAGACACGAAAUUUCUCUUCGAGUGUCGAAAAAAAAACAUUUCACCAGUGAGCCCUUCUUUCGAACUACUUUAUGAUGAAUUUAUAGUUACAAAAUGCUGCACAAAGACAUUUUGUCUUUAUUGAGUGUUACGUAGUAAAAUUGCUUUCAUGCGUUGCGUGACUUUUUCGAACGUUCUCUCCUUUUUUUGGAUUAUUCAUGAAUAAUUAAUUAGGGCAUGUUUACAUUUCAGCAUUAGUCAGCAGAUUUGUAUCAGUUACUGAAAUCAUAAAAUAUGUCGAAAAGCUACUACUAUUCGCCCGUUUAGUAUUUUCUAGAACCUUAUGUCAAACGGUAUACAAGUUCCAAGCGAGGUCUUUCGACGAACUAAGUUUUUUCCCACGAGUUGGACUGCUGUGUUUAGUCAAGUGUGACGAAGGCCGAUUUUCAAGUUCUGUGUUUACAAGUUGGCGGAAGCCGUAAGAUAUCUGAAGUUCAAGUGAGAGUUUGUUAUUAUUGGUAGAGGCUGUUUAGUUGUACUUAAAUUCAAGUCAAGUUUGUGUUGGCGGAUGCUGUGUUUUAAAGCUCUGAAAAGGCUAUGUUCCUUUGGUAUUAAACUUCCUUGAGUUAAUCCGACAUUCCUGCGUGCUGAUAGUCAGUGAAUAAUUAUCCUCAAAACAUUCGAACUCGUAACAGCCAAUUCCAUGCUCAACGUAAUUGACUCCUUACCCAUGCCUUACAUAUCUUUAAUCAGUACAUGAGACUGCUAUGCUGUUUGUGAAGCCUGAUGUGACUAAGAAAAAUAGAGAAUUUUUUUUUCACUGUUUGUUUUGUUAGACUUGUUAUUCACCGCCAGUAACCUCAUAUUUGACUUAGAUCUAUACGUUUAGACCCAAGUCAAAUUUAGAAGGAUUUGUAUGGAGUCAUCAGAGCAUAACUGGGCUAAUAUCUCAGAGACAAUUUGUCCCGAAAUGCUACUUUUUGGCAGGUAGGCCUCUUGGAUGUUGCUCUUUUCAGAAUAUCCUGACAAAUUUCAUAAUUUCACAAAUUAACACCUUACUCUUACCAUAUUUUAUUUCUUACUAUUCCUCCGCAUUUACAAUUAAUCAGUUCCACAAUCACGACGCCGAAGUGUACGCUCCGUAGCGUCUUGUUCUAAGUUUCAAUCCGAUCAAAAAAAGCCUCCGGAAAUUUGAAAGGAGGCUUAAAUGAUUAAACUGUGCAAAUAUUAAUCAACAAUGUGAAACCGAACCGACAGUAGAUUUGUAGCUGGACUUAAUAAUAUUCCCGAUCGCUUCCUCUGCAAAGCUGACUCUUUCAAGGCACUUCACACUUUUACAUAGCAGGUUUGUAAAGCCACCAGACUGAAUCUGAGAACUUUUCAAGAAAAUAAUCCUUGCAACAGGAAGGGACCAAGAAACGGUCAAAUGGGAAAAAAAGGAAUUUUAUUCCUAAACAAAAUACGCAUGAUUUGCUUGUUGGCACUCUGUCGAUAGGUAUACCUAGUAUUAAAAUGGAUUUAUUCACCGUAUUCACAAAUGGCGGACACGCGGGAAAAAACUGGUGCCUAGUCAUGAAAGCGAGGCGUUGGAGGAUAAACAAAAAUUGCAAAUGAAGACUUUCAGAGAACUUGCAGAGUGUUUAGCACGGAUUCCACCUAAAAUAACUCUGUACGGACUUCUUUUUAAAUACAAUUACGUGGGAUGUCUUCAGCUUUUAAUGUUUAGUAGUGAUUUGCUGUUUGCAAUCAAAAGGUACGCGUAUAUCUUCAAGGAAACAGGAUGAUUUUGUAGGUCUGCGAAGCAUCAGAAGCUCGACAAGUGGGCGAUGGCUGGAGAAAAGCGGCAAACAUGAUGGCCCAAACUUCACACUGAAACCGAAUACGAAAGCCAGAUCACUACAAUUCUGUAAAACAGAAGUAAAAACAGAUAUUGGUGGCGAGAAAAAGAGAAAUAAGCGACGGAUAUAUGGCCUACUUGUCAACGGAAUGGACCUCCGCCACUACACAAAACAGGUCAAGUCGAGAGCGGGUGAAAGAUUCAUUCACGAGGCUCAUUCAUUCAUGUCAGUGUCAUUUUAUACAUAUCUAUGUAUAUAUGUAUGUCUGUAUUUACAACUUCCUUUGGAUCAUAUUAAUUCCGUCGGUUUGGAGUGAAUUGUUAGAGGUACGUUGGCACAGUUUAGCAAAAAUCUCAUGAUUUCUUUGUCAUUGCGAAAUAAUUAAAGUAAUUUUAUCAAAAUUAGAAGCUGUAGUGUGUGAAUCUUAUGGCUGGCUAUUUGCCUGGUCUCCUCUAGGGAAUUAUCUCAGAGAGCUCUUGGUAAAAAAGUGGUAUAAAGCUUACAUUUUACCAAGUUAAACUUUUAAGACAAUGUUUGUGUCAGGACUGAACACGGCAAGCUUCUGUUUCGAAUAAUUAAAUUCGAGUCUGGAUCCGUUUAACUUGAAGAAGACCAUCAUUUUAUUUAUUUAUGUAUUCUUCAACUUUAAAAUAUUAUGGAACAUAAAGUUAAAACUCUUAACAGCCAAAGAUAAGAGAUACCAAAUUAAUCGCUGAAAUGAUGUGGCCGGCUUACCGAAUCUGUCGAGUAACAAGUUGAAAUUUUGAGCGUACUCCACUCGAUCGCUCCUGCAUUUAUACUAAAAAAUUAGUUCUAAUUGAUGUCCUUCAUCGAUAAAGACCAGAGAAUAACGUCCUGGCAAACAAAAAACAAACAUCACUUCAUCGAAACCUCAGUCACGUCUUCUUUCCUGUCUUCCUUUUUUCCAUCGGCUCGACUUGAAUUGUUCAGCGGCAGACGUCUCUUGCGUUAACAAGUAGGCCAUAUACCUGUCGCUUAUUUCUUUUUUUCUUGCCACCAAGAUUUGUUUAUAUUUCUGUUUCACAGAAUUGCAGUGAGCUGGCUUUCCUACUCGGUUUCAAUGUGAAGUUUGGGCCAACAUGUUUGCCGCUUUUCUCCGGCCAUCGUCCACUUGUCGAACUUCUGAUGCUUCGCAGACCUAAAAAAUCAUCCUGUUUCCUUGAAGAUAUACGCGUCCUUUUUGAUUGCAAACAGCAAAUCACUACUAAACAUUAAAAGCAGAAGACAUCCCACUUAAUUGUAUUUAAAACGAAGUCCGUACAAAGUUAUUUUAGGUGGAAUCCGUGCUAAACACUCUGCAAGUUCUCUGAAAGUCUUCAUUUGCAAUUUUUGUUUAUCCUCCAACGCCUCGCUUUCAUGACUAGACACCAGUUUUUUCCCGCGUGUCCGCCAUUUGUGAAUACGGUGUAUUUGCUUUUUAAUAAAAUUGUUAUUGUUGUUCCUUUGUGAACGUCUUGUUAAUUUCCUUUGUUUUUAAUUGUUACCCUCUCUUUCACUUUUAUUUCCUUUAUGCGAAAGUCGUUUCCCAUUUAAUUCGCGUUAAUUUAAGUCGCGUUGAUUUCCAAUAUCUUAAUUUCGUGGAGCGUUAAUUUCCUAUAGAAGUGCCUCCCACCCCACUCCUCCCUCCCCGUGGGAAGCUGCCAGCUUAUCAAACUGGAUUUCACGAGUAUGUUUUCCAAAUGUCUUCUUCCAGCCUUAUUAUUUAAUUCUUUUACUUACUCAAUAGAUGUGUCAAAUCCAAGAAGUCCGGACUGUGAAAUAAGUGCUUCUUGCUUCCACUCACAGAAAUGCCAACCGCCUUUUCAGACAAUAACAGUAACGCCGAAAGACUCUAAAGUGACUUCCAAGUGCUCGAUAGUGACCGGUGGAAAAGUACAAGACAUGACUUGGCAGGAUCUUAAAAAAACCCUCAAUGCCAGUAAAGGCCUAUUCUUACAACAAAUCGAUUCAAAAGAUGGAAAUGAGUCAUGUAGAUGUUUUUCUAUACAAUACGCAAGUAAGUAUUUUCUCUCUUUGCCCCUUUUUGAAUUCAUGAUGAAGCAAAAAACAUGUGGCAUUUUUUCUGUCUCUUGUUACAUGAAUUAUUGAUGCAGAAUCAAAUGAAGGCCUCUUAACAAUUCAAAGGAGAUUUCAGUUCACCUAAAGCAGUCUUUACGGUAAAAGUAAUCGUUAAACUAGAAACGAUACAUUCGUUUUGUCCGGCUGAAUCACGGUGCCUUAACUGAAUAGGUUAGCAUCGGAACCGAUUUGCUAAUUAAAAAUCAACAUCAAGGGCUACGUUGGUCCGUAUUAGGGAGGGGAGAGUGAAGGAUAGCUUGAAUACAGCUAAUUCAAAAUGUUUACCUCCAGUAAAGGGUAACUAUAGGCAAAACUGUGACCCAAUAGAACUAUCGGAAUUUUUGAAGAACCUAAUAUUUGCAUUUCCCUUUGGCUGCAGAAAACAAAAGCACGAAAACUGGUCUUGAUACGAAGACCUCACAGUAAUAAUCUUCGCUGACGUGCGAUUUGUCCAGGAGUUGCUGUUUGAAACCUUUUACGCUGGCGAAAUGGGGAGCAUUUCGCAGCUUAUACGUGUCGUGCUCCCUCUUUUUAACUUUCAUCAGCACCCCAUUUUGCUCAAUAUUAUAGUUACCGCCGUGAAGCACGUUCUUCUUUUAAAAAGUCAGGAUCAUUGUACCCAAAGUUUCUUUCGGUCCCCUUAUUACCUAUUGCGUGUUUCAGCUGUAAACUGUACAUUGUAACUGAGUGAAUGACUUAUGAGCCUAGGAAGUACAAGACUUAAAAUUUGUUGUCAGUUCCAGUUCAGAAAGUAUUUAAGACAAGGUCUCCCUUUGAGUACUCUUCUAACAAGACAACAAUGGAACUGAAUUGUACCUUCAAGGGAUGGCCUCGUCCUCGUGUAGUUUGGUACAAUCCAGAUAAAAAACAAAUCAUCAACGGAUCUGAAGGUUUUUACAUCUCAGAGCAGCUGGAUGGAGAGGAUACCUUAACUUCCCUUCUUCGUAAUGCUAAUGUACAAGAAAAACACAAAGGGGAUUAUAAUUGCACUGCAACGAACAACAUUACCGGCUGGUCGAGUAAAAAAUCAAAGAUAAUUGAGCUGGAUUAUAGGUGUAAGUGGUCUGAUUAGUUAGAGGUAUGUUUAGAAGUGAACCCGGAUUACUGUAUACCAAGAGUCUGAAAGUUGGGCGGGGGGGGGGGACGGGUGGUCCUGAUCCCGUAUUCCCGCUCUCUUUCACCACAAUCCCGCGCCCCGAACUUCUGUCAUCUCUAUCCCGAAUACCGUUUUCUUUCAGAUUUUGGCGAAUCCUGCUUCCCGAGUAGCGGUCAAUUCCCGUAUCGGGUAAAGAAAUUGGGCGUUUUCCCGAAUCCUGCUAUGUAUUUCGGGCGAGUCCUGGUUCCCGAGAGUACCCUUCCAGACCCUGUGCAUACCCGUAUAUCGUUUUCUUUCUCAAUCUUGCAUCUGUGCCCAAAUUUUGGAGAAUCCCGCUUCCCCAGAAGCAGUCAAAUUCCGUAAAUUGUAAAUAUCUUAUUAUCCACUCCCAUCAGGGCUUUUUAGGGAUAAUUUACAACACUGGUUGGGGGACUUUGCCACACUGCUUAAGGUGCAGUUUACAAGUAAUGAAGGAAUGAGUAAUGACUCCCCCAUACGUGAGCGUAUGGGGGCAGACCGUAUCCUGUUUAACGUUGCCCGGUCAAAUCCCGGAGCCUGGGAAUACCCUUGUAGAUAGACCCUGUACAUGCCGUCAGACGAAAUUGUCACGGGUGAAGUUGACAUUCUUUCUCUCCGAUCAGGUCUUAACACGAGCAGGAGAAAUACAGCUCUUCGGUUGCCCUGUAGUCAACAGACAUUCCAUUCAGAGAGAAUAAUAAAUCCUUAAUGACUGGUCCAGAGGGAAACAAACAAUUUUGUUUUCCUGGAAUCUCAAUGUUUUCCGAGGCGAAACCGAGGAAAACAUUGAGAUUCGUGUUUUUUUAUAUAGCUGGAAAUUCAUUAAACCUCGCUGUAACGGCGGUCGUUGGUCAACAUUCGCGGGUAACAGUGCACUCUUACCCUCUGACGUCAUAAAUUUGGCAAUGUUGCCCGCUCAGAGAUUUUAGCGGUAAACGCUUUCAUUGUUAGAUGUCAUGUGACCUCGAAGUAACCAAUGAGAGCGCGCGCUGUUAAGAAGAUAUUUCUAGCCAUACAACAAUAGGCCACUUCCGGGCUCCAAAAACCCUCACCUUCAAAAUGAGGCCAAGUGCACAACCUUUCUCUUGAAAAUGAGCUUUAUUUACAUGAGAAUGAAAACUUAUUUCCAUAUCAAAGGCUGAGCAAUUAACCUCGUUUUGAUACAGAGGCCCGGAGAACUCGGAAAUGGCCUAUUAAGGUAUGUAAGAUAUUAGCUGCUUUCAGAAGCCUUAUAUCUCGCUAAAUUUUCAGUUCACUGUGGAUUAUGAAUGUCUCAUCCCUUCAAACGGGGAGAAAAAAAAUACGUCGCUUGUGUAUAGCCACGGCUGCCUCAGACAGUUAACUUAAAAGAUAAACCAAACAUUUCUUGCCACUACCCUCUUCCUCUCAGAAUCUAGGGAUCCUUAGCUUAUUUAUUUAUUUAUUUUAGAAAAAGAAUAGAUAGUGUGAAUGUCUUCUUUUUAUGCGGUCACUGAUAAUUAUCACGCAUAAAAAGCCUAUCCUUUGGUUAUAAUAAAACAUAAAUAAUAAAUAAAUGGUUGAUUAGUUAAACAAAGUGCUGGGCUGUUCAUCCACCAUUCUGGAUCGAAUUGAAGUUUGGAAAUAUUGCUUCAAUUUUUUCGAGAGGGGAUAACCGGAGUACACGGAGAAAAAUCUCUCGGAGCAAGGGAGAGAACCAAUGACAAAUCAAAAACCCACGUGUGGCUUCGCCUGAAGAGGCUACAUUCGUGAGAGUGUUCUCCCUCAAAAAAAUAGAAAAAAAUUCUCAAAAACAAAUAAUCAGGGGGAUGAUCGACUGGGGGACAAAAAAAAUCUCUGGGGUUUCUAACAACCCCCUCCCAAAAAAAAUUCCUACAAAAAAGUAACCCCAAAAAAUCCCAUGCCGAAUUGCUGAGACUUAAAAAUAUCCCGAAUGUUUGUUUUUGUUUAUUCAUCAUACCAUACACAUCUGGUGGUCGUUCUAACAACACUCGAGACACCAGGAGCCCAAGAACAUUUUGAGUACCCCAAAAAAUCCCUACUUAAAUCAAACCACCCAAAAAAUACUUACCAAAUCUACUUACCAAAAAAAAACCAGAAUCGAAAAUUUCAAACCCCAAAAAAAUCCUUCGCUCAUCCCUGUCACUUGAAAUCAAGAGUACCUUUCCUGGGGCAUCGCGUUGCCUCAUUUAUUGUCACAAAAAGCGGGCACGGUAAGAUAAAGGCUGUAGUCCUUUAAAGUUGCACAAUCGCACGGCAAUGAUCUUUAAAUAGUAUCUGAUUUGUUCAUAAUAAUAUCUGCCAUGUAUCUUCCAAUUUAUGCAGGUCCGGGUCCUAAUCAUCCGCCUAUCUCUCCUCCCGAGGUUUCAGUGACAGCCUACAACAACGUCAGUUUAAAGUGCUUGGUUGAAAUAGAUCCUGACAAUUGCGCCGCAUAUUCAAUGAAAUUUCAGUGGUUUUUUAACAACAGCUCAACGCCAUUAACAAGUGGUGAAAAGUAUGAUAUACAAAAAAGGAGAACUAACAGCAGAUGCAAAACAGAUUUCAUUCUCACCAUAGCUAAUGUUACUGAUGAUGAUGAGGGAAAGUAUAAAUGUCAGUGGAUCUGUGCCAAGGACGACUCCAGUUCCGCGUCUUUUAUCCAGUUGAACGUAUUUUCAACAGGUAUUGUUUCCUCUACAAGAUUUCUCUAGUGACUUCUCCAAAUUCUACACAUUGAAUGAUUUUUUAAACGAUCAUGCAACUAAAAAAGGUCUUCUCUAAACGCAAACUCGAGCGGUUUUCCAAGACAUGGAUCAGUAACAAGUGCGAUAAGAAAGUCAAUUAAGUAAAAAACUCGUCGUUGAGUGAUAGAUCAUUUGAAUGCGUUUAACUGUGCUUUUUUUUGUGCUUUUUCUUUUUUCAGAACCAACAACCGAGACCCCUACUGGGAACACACAUUUUCGAAAAAGUAAGUUUUGAUCACUAUAAUUUUCGGAUCACUAGACUUUCAGCUAGAAAAUCUGAACAGAUGAAACAUUUUUGGGAUAUAAAAAUGUGCCUUUAUCUACUUUUUAAAUGCUAAAAUGCGUUUAACAAUGCUAUGUUUAAGUGGUUUUGAACUAUAUUCUCGUUGGGUGCCCCUGUAUAACUAAAAACACAACUACCUGUUAUCUCCACCAAUCAUUUUCCGCUAGGCUCCUUCCGUUGUGGACAGAAUUGUGCCACUUGUCCAUACAGUACUAACGGCCUUACAAGUUAUACCUUUUACGCAACAGGUGAAACACGCUCCAUCACUUCACACAUUACUUUUAACACUAAAAAUGUGAUCUACAUGGUUCAAUGUAACUGUUGUAAUUUACAAUAUAUAGGUGAAACUAAGCGACGUCUCAAGGACAGAUUUAACGAACAGAGACGCGCAGUCGACAAAACUAACAUUAAAUCUAAACCCACUACUGUUUUCUGAACACUUUCUCUCUCACUCUAACCAUUCUCAUACUGACAUGCAGUUAAUCCCACUAGAAAAAAUUCAUUCUUCACGUGACUCAGUUCGUAAGGCCAGGGAGUCGCAUUUGAUAGAUAAGGCCAUGACUCUUGAACCUCAUGGCCUAAACCGCCGUGACGAAUUAUUGUAAUCCAUAUCCUUAGUAUUUUUCCUUUCCACUUUUUAUUUUGUACGUCAUUUCCGCCUCUCCCUUUUAUUGCGACAUUCUCCAUCUAUAUAAUAUUGUGAUUGCUACAUAAGUUCAGUAACAUCUGUAAACCUGAAGAAGGCUGGUAUGGCCAGCCGAAAUAUUGUUGUAAAAAACAAUACACGUUCUUUUAAAUCAGCUUUGCAGUAGUCUUUAGACUUCUCGUUGUUGUCUUUAUAUUUUGGCUGAUUUGAUCUCUUUUCUAGUGAUCCAACGUUUACAACUAGCAGGAUCUUCGUCCACGGUUUUUAAAGUUAAUUUAAUCCACAAAACAAUACCCACACAACAACACACAGGCGAACCAACUAUAGUUCCUGCGAUACUAAGAAACACUCCACAAAACAAUACCCACACAACAACACACAGGAGAACCAACAAUAGUUUCUGCAACACUAAGAAACACUCCACAAAACAAUACCAACAUAACAACACACAGACCAACCAACAAUGGUUUCCGCAACACCAGGAAACACUCCACAAAACAAUACCCACACAACAACACACAGGCGAACCAACAAUAAUUUCUGCAACACCAAGAAACACUCCACAAAACAAUACCCACGCAACAACACACAGGCGAACCAACAAUGGUUUCUGCAACACUAAGAAACACUCCACAAAACAAUACCCACACAACAACACACAGGAGAACCAACAAUAGUUUCUGCAACACUAAGAAACACUCCACAAAACAAUACCAACAUAACAACACACAGGCCAACCAACAAUGGUUUCCUCAACACCAGGAAACACUCCACAAAACAAUACCCACACAACAACACACCGGCGAACCAGCAAUGGUUUCCGCAACACCAAGAAACACUCCACAAAACAAUACCCACGCAACAACACACAGGCGAACCAACAAUAGUUUCUCCAACACCAAGAAACAUUCCACAAAACAAUACCCACACAACAACACACAGGUAAACCAACAAUAGUUUCUGCAACACCAAGAAAAACUCCACAAAACAAUACCCACAAAACAACACACAGGCGAGCCAACAAUGGUUUCUGCAACACCAAGAAAAACUCCACAAAACAAUACCAACACAACAACACACAGGCGAACCAACAAUAGUUUCUGCAACACCAAGAAACAUUCCACAAAACAAUACCAACACAACAACACACAGGCGAAUCAACAAUGGUUUCCGCAACACUAAGAAACACUCCUUACUUUUGAAGAUAUGAUGAUUUGAUAUUUUCCCUUUUUAUUGCUUUCAGACACUCCCGCUCCCAGCCACAGGAAAUGGAUCCUACCUGUAAUUAUUUUCUCAUCCGGAGUUGUCCUGGGUCUAAGCUUAUCAGCUUUGUACGUGAUAGUAAAGAAAAGGAAAAAGCCGCCAUCACACGAGAUGGUUUACAGGGAGAAUGUGCUCGACUGAUUGAAGUGUGACCUUGUGUAUUUAUACAUUUGUCACAGAAGUUUUAUAAAUUUUGACUUUACUUUCAGUUUAAGGAAACAUUACUAGAAAAUUAGCCCGAGUUGAGACGGGUUCAUUGUUGAAUUUGCCAUGUGCUCUUUAUUUGCGUGAACGGAUCCACGAUCUAGUAAGUGUUACGCGAAUUGCUUUUGACUGAGACAUGUAAGAAAUUUACUUUAGCCAUUUAAACUAUUUUUUCUCAAAGCAAUGAUUUUACUAGGAGUUUUAAGCAAUGAAAAACAUAGACUAGGAAGACCAUGGAAUCAAAGAUUAGUCGGGAAUUGGGACUAAGUACAUAAAAAUAAAUAAAAUGUCCUAGUAAACAAAAAGAAAAGAAAUUUUUAAUAAUGUCACUUAGUAGCAAAAACCCUUUACUUUAAAUUACAAGUGUUUAUUAACAGGCUGUCACUUCAGUCAAUUUAAGUACGAUGAAUGAGUAGAAAUUAUUGUUGGCUACGUUUUUUUGUAAAACAUACGGGUUUUCGAAUAAAAGUUUGCAAGAAAUUAUUUCUCUGUCUUUUAUAUAUGACAUUAUUUGAAACCACGAUCGUAAGACUGCAGCAUCUAACCUGCAUUCAUGCUUCGCACUCUACCAUGAUAGCCCUUCCUUGAAGAGAUGUCUUCGAGUCUUCGAAUAGUCAGUCCUGACACAAUUUUUACUUUCAAGUUCUGUAUUGAGCACUUUUCGAUAAGAAGCUAAUUAAUUUCAUUAGAAAAUUUGUGUUACUUCUUAUUCUAGAUUGAUAAUAAGCCAAUUUUUAAAGGUUAUAUGGCCUGAAAGUUCAUGAUACCGCUCAUAUGGUCACUCAAACAUGUACCGUUUUUUUAGCGAGCUCAAAGUACUUCCUGCAGUCGCCAUCGUUGGUUUUUAAAAAUGCAGCCAGUAGGGUAGGCACCAUCCGGAUUAUUGUUCUUAAACAAAGAAAAACCUUAUUAUUAUUAUUAUUAUUAUUAUUAUUAUUAUUAUUGUUGUUGUUGUUGUUGUUAUUAUUAUUAUUAUUAUUAUUUUAUUAUUUAAAUUUUACCCUUCUAAUCUUAAUUUAAGAGAAUAGGGAUGCCAAAUAAGUUUACCUCUAUUACUGAUGGUGACCAUUAAAAAGCGUAGGGCAUGAAUUACGAUCCACGUAGAACACGCCGUAUGAUUUCUGCACUUCAACAACAUCAGCUGCUUGUAAGAGGAUCAAUUAAAGUGUUUUCAUUGAGUCUCUAGAAACCUCACGAAUUACAUGUUUAUCGAAAACUUUGAAAACAAACUAAAAGGAUUGUGGUAAAAAGACUUGGGGGAAACCUAAUUGUAAUCCAUUCCCAGUGAUCAAAUUCUUUCCUUCCUUUCAAUAUUAUGAAACCCACCAAAUGCAGGAACUUUAACAGUAAUUGGCUUUUCCAACUCUAGAAUGAUCUAGGACAUCCUUUUAAAGAGCAGACAUAUGGCCUUAACUCACGUGUAUUAAACAGUAAUCGGCUUUUCAAACUCUAGAAUGAUCUAGGACAUCCUUUUAAAGAGCAGACAUAUGGCCUUAACUUACGUGUAUUUCACUCGGCAGAUUUAAGAAUUUUUUAUUUUAAUCAUUAUUUUAUAAUGUUAUUAAUUUAUUUAUUUAUUUCGGAGGGGAAUAGUUGUGAUUCCCAUAUAAAUGGAUCCGCACAAUUCAAUGUUUUAAAACUUUUAAACCUAAUACUCAUUGAAGUUUAAUCGAUCGACCGAUGUCCCAUAGAGUGGCGUUCACGCGUUCUGAGUCUGAUAACGACCUCGUACAAGAAUAGAAAGGAUGCAGAAUGUAGUUAUCUUCUUAGGCAACGUGAUAGGCUUUUGGAGGGGAAUGAAAAGGUAAAAUUAACGACCGCGAAGGCCAGGCAUUUUGGAAACCACCCUAGCUACCUCAAGCUUAGAGAAUUAUGUAUAUGUUGUGGUUCAGUUUUAUCCUUGGUUUAAAUUAUAUAUUCAAUGGCCUUGUCUUUGGGUAUGGUAGUACAUGAUAAUGGUUUCAAACAAAACAAAAUAAAUUUAAACCAAGGAUAAAUUGAACCACAAAAUAUUUUCUGAUAUUCUGUCAGGCACGGUCUGGAUCUUUCAGGGAAUAACUCUAAUGAUAGUGGACCUUUAAUUGUUAAGAACAGCAUUAACGAGAUAGCUUAAAUUAGGACACCUUCUUAAAUCCGGGCUUGAAGACAUUUAUAGUGAGCUGAAAACACAUUCUCAGACAUUAUGGGCGGAUUUCCCACUCCUUUUUCUGUGAAAUUUUUUAUUAUAUUUAACGAACCAUCAGUAAAAUGAGUGGCACACUACAUAGCUGGCAAGUGUCCCAGCCGCUGGUGCCUUUCUGAAUUUUCUGGAUCGGUCCCUAGACAUCUGUGUCAUUGCUUUUCUGAAUAAACAAGGUCUAGUAAACAGCAUUGUUUGACAACUAAAUAACCGAGACUUUCGAAUUUACCCAUAAAAUGUAGCAUUUCAUGAUUCAGGGAAUGGCUACAUUCGAAGCUAUUCUACCUUUUCUGCAAACUGAUGUGUUUAAUAUGCAGUAUUCUCUCUCAAAAAGAGGCCGUUAAAGAUAAAUAUGAUGGGCGGCGUAAGUGUACCAUUCAUGUUGUAUGAUUCAUUGUUUUCCCCAAAUAACUUUAAACCUCGUGUCAAUAUGAGGAAAAAUUAUCCUGUUAUUAAGGAACAAAAACUAGAGAAAGAAGUCGUUUUGAUGUUGCGAUACCAUCAUAUUCAAGUGCUCAGCAGCGUAAGGUGUGGGCAAUGACUACGUGAAGUGAACUGAGCAUUAUUGGGCGUGCGGGGGUACGUAUUAUCAGAUAAAACCGAUAUAUUUCUUCCACUGAUCGAAAAAUGAUGCUGAAAGUCUCCUGGAGGGGGUAUUCGCUAUAAUGUCCUUGAACCAUCACGGAUCACAGACCAACAACAACAUCAAGGCAUUACCUAUUCUCUUAAAAAAGUAAAUAAUUAUAAUUAAUUGGUUAAGUUACCUUUGAAAUUACAUGAUCGUGUCUACAAUUCAUAAUCUCAGAAACUAGAAACUACCUAGCUGGUAAAUAAAUGGUAAAUCUUUAAAAUCUCAGGCAACUCUCACGUUCGCGGCAAACCGCUGUCACAAAAACCGGAACAGGUUUAAGUUCGAAGAGGGACGCGUGCGAGAUUAAGAAGGGGAUAAAAUCGCCCCCGAGUGUCUUCAAAUCCCGUUUUACCAGAAUCAGUAAGUUGGUUGUUACACCAAAAUAGAAGAUGAUGUUCAUUAUGCGCAUUGAAUGCUUUAUCUUCUUUCAAUUAUGGUUUCUCGAGCUCACAAUCGCAAGUUUGUCAAACUGCCACUUUCAUUGGGCUGGCCAUUAAGUUCCCACUUUUUCUAGAAAAACUGGUGAAAGUUUCCUUUUCAACGAGCAUUCAUUUCGAUUCCGUAUGUGAAGACUUAUCCCCCGGCUUCACGCAAGGCAGAAGUGAAGCCAAGCAUUACUAACUGGACCAAGAUGAUGAGAAGAUAAAACUGAGUUUCAGAAAAUUUGUGCAUUUUUGGAAAAUAGAAAUCCCUAUAGACUCGUGCUAAGAUGAACUAGAAGAAGUCCUUGGUACUCAAAAUAUACACAAUAAAAACAAAACAAAACCGUCCUCGUUUCAGUCUAAUACAAUUAACCCCCUCAUAAAAGAAGAUUUUAAAAAACCACCCAAGCCGGAAAUGUAAACACAAAACAGCUAUUAAAAGGGUUCUUGUAUGUUUCGUCUUCCCAAUAAAUUAAGGUCUCAGGGAAAUUUGCCCCUUUUUUUUUUUUCAUAAUUUAUGCGUACAUGACUCGUGAAUAUUAGACAGAAUUUGGAAGAAAGAGUUCUCUGGAUAUUAUCACAUAACCGACAUGGGAAUACAAAAACAUACAAACUACAGAGGUCGUGCGAAACAAAGCGAAAGGGUGGAAUCGAAUGAUAUCAUGUCUUGAAAGCGAGCUAUACCCCCGGGACGGAACUCAACGAAAUUUUAUAAGAGGGAGGCUUGGCCGCCCGCCCGGAGGUUUAAACCCCGGUACCAAUUUUAUCUACCAUUUUUUAAAGAAAAGGUAUCUCUUUUACAUACCAAGUUUAGAACAUUGCAUUCCUUUUAACUGCCGUAUAUGCACUGCCUCUUACAUCUGAAUGAAUCACUAAACCUGGAAGGUUUCCUGUCUCUUUCACAUGUAGAAAAUGCGUCUCUUGGCCCUCUCUGGUCGUUCAAUUAUCAGGACCGAAAUGACAGAUUCCCUACCCUUUCAUAUUCUUCAAAUAAUGAAAUCCAUAUAUUCCUGAAGCCUCUGAAAGGUACCCCCCGGUGCUCCCCCCUCCCCCCGGUGCUCUGCUCAAAGAAACAAUCUUGUACAGCAAGAAACACGGGAAAGAAUGGUAGAUAUACUGCUUAGUUUCAUCCUCCAAAAACAAAAAUGCAAGAUAUAUGUCAAUUACAUACUGUAUUUCCUCAAAAAAAAUAGUCGUCCCUCGAUUAAUCGCCUCACCGCCCCCGCUCCUCUCGUCAUCUCUCUUCCUUUUAUGCCCUCCCUGUCAAGUGUUACUGGAAUCUGAUCCAGUCACUGAAACUGAUCUGAUUAGUGAAGAUUCAAGCCAUGGAAAUUAAUCAAGGAACUAAAUUUGGAACACUUAAAAAAAACCCAUGUUCUGUUUACUUGAUAUGAUUAUUUUUUUAUUUAAUGGCGUAAUAAACAAAAUAUUUAGGGCACGGCUUCCAGUAAGCAAUAUUUGAAAUAAUCGCCUCCCUCAAAUAAUCGCUUUUCCUCGAAUAAUCACCCCCUUUAUUUGCGAAAAAAGAAAUAAUCGCCCUCGACAAGAGCCAUUGUGGCUCUUGCCCCCGGCUAUUAUUCGAGGAAAUACGGUAGUUAGGAAUAGUCAGAUUAUAUGCGUAGUAUUUCAUCCUCGAUCCGUUAUGCUUAGAGUGAGAAGUUAAUGCCCUUGUGUUUAUUUCCACAUCGCUUCCUCCCUGAGAGCGGUUUUCCUGUUUUGCGGCUUUAAAAGAAGAAUUAUCAGAAGGUGGUAAUUGGCGUUUAUUCCUUUCUUCUCUACGUGGGCGGUAAGUCUUGCUAACGCUACUUACUUAAUCCGUUUUGUAAAUUGAAUUAUAAGAAUGUAGCAAAUGUGUUCGUCAUUCCUCCACUUGGUUGUUUUAUUUGUUUUUGCCAAGAACAUUCCAGCCAUUUAAACAAGUUACAAAACAAAAACAAGAAAUGCUGACUGGAAAAAGUAAGUUGUUACAGAACGUUUUGUAAGCAUUAGUAUCACGAAAAACAACGAAACCAGACAAACAGGACCAAGUUAUACAAAUUCCCGCUUUCACGUUUUUUUCAAAGCCAACGAUUGAGUGACACCUUUAGCUCCGUGUUUUAUACUCCUAUAACGCGCAGAUGUCACGCAAAAUUGCAAUUUUAUUCAAAAGAUCACCACCAUAGACCAUUUUUUUAUGCCGAACUUGGUGAAAUUGUGAAGUUCCAUAAGGAUUCGUCGCAAAAAGGCGACAAAGCUUUUUGUGGGAAAAGUAUGGCAUGGGCGUAAGAUCCACAAAUUUCCUGGGGUUCAGAUCGUGGAGACGGUUCAAAGAGAUACGUGAGCAGCAAAAAAAAACAACAACAACCAGAGGGUGGGGUUUAUCAAUCCCUAAUGUGCCGCCAAUCAGGGUACGCGACAUUUUAUUAUAAAUAAAGGGACAAUAAACUGUUUGGUUUUGUCGCAGCUCAGCAUCCUACGCUUUUAGUUUUACAGGAAUUCCAACUGGGAAACUAUCGACAGUCGCCACCAACAAGUUAUUGUUUCUCAAACAUGAAGAGACAGGCCUUCCUGGGAAGACAUUUUCAGUUUUGCUCCAUGAAAUUCAUGCUGUUCUUUUUUGUGUCAAGCCUUGUUAUCCAAGGUAGGUCAUAUAAGUCUUAAUCAGGAGAAAUCGGCUCCUGCAUUAACAUAUUUUAAUAUGCGUCAUGAUAUACCGGAGCCGAGAAGUAAGUUAAGAAGUAUGUGUUAAAACUCAUACUUCUUAUCAUUUUGUGGUUUGCUCUGUAUUCACCGGUAUACUUUAGUUUCAUGAAGUUGAAACAACAAAUUCCUGACCCUAUUUCAUUGCUUUUUGCCCAUGAAAAGGCCACUCUGUUUUAGCCUUCGGGCCUGGAAAAAGUUGCAAAGAGUCCAUAAAUCUGGUAAAAAAUGUUUAAGUGCAUUUUCCAGAGUAAUACAAUUGUUGUUGUUGACAGAUGUUCAUGUCGCAGGCUUUUACUUAUUAAAAAAACUACAAAAGUUAAUGAAUUAAAAAAGAAUUGUUGAAACUCUGUAUGCCGGGUCUUUCAGACGAAAUCAAAGUUGCUAACCUGACGAUGCGUUGCGAAACGCGCUACGAAGCUGACGUCCACAACUACCCAUAGAGAUUCCUGAGAUUCUUAAGGUCAAGACAUUUAUGAUACUUUAUUUUGGCUACUCAAGAGGAGAACAAUACAAUUUUUGAAAAAGGUCAACAAAGAACAAGAUUUUAAGAUACACUACAUCAGUUUUGUCUGUAAGGAACGACGUUUGGAUUUUGGUCUUGGCUGUGUGAAUUUUUGUUCGCUAACAGCAACUGAUCUGAACACAUAUGCUGAAUUAACCCCUUCGAGCCCAGACAAGUUAUCGGGCGACGAUUCUGUCACUUUAAAUCAAAAUUUUUGGACGAAAUCCUAUGAUGUUACCAAUAUGAACUGACUUCUUUGACAAAACGUUUGCAUGGUGACGAAAAUUAAUUUUAUGGGAGUUGAAAAAUUUUUUUCAUAUUCCACUAUUCAUUUGGAAUAAAGAGGUUAAUUGAGUUGUAAAUUGUAGAAAGUUUUACUGUCGAUCGAAGUGAUUGCAUAAAAGAUAUCAGACAGUAAGUUAUUCCAGCUAUGUAGAGUUUUGCAACAUAUGCUAAUAUAGAUCGUUCUGGAUCAAAUAGGCCCACGUGUGCGACAUGCACAGCAAUUUCGCAAGACUCCAUUGUGAGAUAUUUUCUUAUCGUUGAUAAGUUCCUAAGACGAUAAAACUUUACAAGGAGAAGAUAAAAGUAGGGGAAGAUGACGAGAGGAUCGGGGAGAAGGCGAUUCUUUCAAAUGUUUCUGUCAAAGGGGGGCGAUUAUUCCAGGGAGGCGAUUAAUCGAGGGACGGCUAUUAUUCGAGGAAAUACGGUAUGCAGUUUUAGCAUGUACAAAGACAACUGGGGAAUAUCAGUAAACCACGGUGCACAUAAAAAAAUUCUUGCAGGAAAAAACCUCUACUAGCAAGAAAAAAACCUCUGCUGGCAGGGAAAAAAGGUAGCCGGAAAAACGCCUGUACUAGCAGGAUUAGCAAGUAUCAAUUUAAUGAAGGUCAUUCUACACCAGGAAGAUGAUAAGAGAGAACAUACGAGAAUCAGUCUGAAUUGCGGAAUUGCGACUCACAUUACUUCAUAUUGAGAUAACAAGAAAUGAAUAUGUGAUAACUAAACAUCACAUAAUUAAAUUACACUCAAAUAUAGAAGGCCUAAAGGUGAUUUCCACUGUCGCGUCGUUUUUCUGUGGGUACGUAAGCAUCACGUUUACCUCAAACGGCAAAAGCGAAUUUGUACCACGUGACAAGUUUCCCCUUUACUUGUCGUAAUGGUCCGUCCCUUAAUGAUCAUUAUUUCUAUUCACAAAAUAGUAGUGUCACGCAAUUUUUUGUCCAUAACAGUUGUUUUGAGCUGUUUUAUCUGCUCAUUUUCUAUUUUGAAAGAUUCUCAUCUUGACUCAGACGUUUGCAGUUACGGGUGGCAUUUCAUGAUUGCCUCUAUUUCAUUUGUACGUAAAUUGGAUCAUGUACCGAAGAAAAAGUAGUUACGUACGAGGAAGUUCUCAUGCGGCCAUGUGUCAGAUGUGCACGUGAUGGACAGUAUCAGCAACGAUUUUUAUAGCCUCCCACCGGGGAGCUCGUAUUAGGACGCCAAAACAUGCACAGCCAUGGGUAUUUUUCACUCCGUGCGCAUACCGAGUGGUAAUGUACAUUAAAUAUUACAUUUUUCCAAGCUCAAAUUUCAGAUUUUUUUAAGAUUUGCAUAAAAGGUUUCCGUUCAGAGAAACCUUGCAAAGAUGUUAUCCCCAAAAAGUAACCCCACAGUCAAUUUUCUAAUGUAGUUUUGCUAAUAAGUAACCGCACGCACGAGGUACCCUAGCCUCCCACCUCCUCAAAUGAUAGAUAUUCUAGCCAAUAUUAGCUUCUCCCGAAACAGAUGUUUUAUAGGAAACAGUCGUUGAGUACCCCUAACUCGGUGGGGGGUUUAUGUCUUGGUUUCACUAAACCUACGCGCGGUUGCUAUCGGAAGAAGCUACGAACCAAUCAAAAACUAAAAACACUGAUUUGACGGCAAACCCAAACAAAGACUUGAAAAUAACUUAAAUAGCCAAGGUCAGCAAAGUGCAAGUCAAUUAUUUGGCAAGGCCAGGAUAUAAGAAUGCCCGAAAAAUACAGAGUACUGAUUGGCGAUGUAAGUAUGAAUUACGUACGAGAAAAUCAAAGAUUAAAACAGGAAAGCAUGGAUGAAAUCUUGACAACCUUGACCGCUGAUCGGCUCCUGCCCUGACCCGCUUGAUGAAACAAGCACGAACUUAAAAAACCAACAACAACAAAAAUUAUAUUUCUUUUUAACUUCCGUUGAGGCUUUGUGUUGGAGACCGAAUUAUCGGGCAAAUACACUUUACCAUUUGAAUUUUCUUUGUAUAUCUUCUUAUAUAUCUCUUCUUGCUGCGAGGAUCAGUUUACUGCAGUUUUUCUUCUUGGGAAGUGUUCACUUAUCCAGCUCACUCCGCCAACAUCCGGCCGGAUUUCCUCACUCAGUGGUUUGAUGACGUGGUUUUUGAAGUCGGAGUUUUCUCAGCGUGCAUUCCAUUUUAAUGAAUGGUCUGAGCAAAUAGCAACUAAAUAGUACCAUGUGAAAGAAAUGCUGACGAGGUUUUGUUUGAAUGGUUACACCAUGGCGACACCAUCCAUACCCUGCAGGGUCUGACUCAAAAGUUAGAGCUGCAUGCUAAAAUAAAUAGAACUAUGUGAAAGUCGCUAAAGAGCUUUUUCAGUUGAAUUGUAACACCAUAGGAUUUCACCCACAGAGUCAAAAGUUCGAACUACAUACUAAAUAGAUAGUACCAUUUGAAAAUACUGCUGAAGAGGCUUCAUUUGAAUGGUCACUCCAUAGGAUUUCAUCCACAAACUCAAAAGUUAGAACUACAUACUAAAUAAUAUAAAUAGUACCAUGUGAAAGUACUGCUGCUGUUUCAAAUAUUUUGCAAAGAAAUGUUUUAACGCUUUUUUAUACAGACGUCUCGCCUGCAAGCAUCAAGAGUUGUGAACUACGAGCUUCCUGCUCAAGUGAGUGUCAAUACUCCACUCGGAAAACAGUGAAUCCAAACUCUAACGCAACUGUAGGGUGCUCGAUCAUAAAUAAAGGACCAACACAAGACUUGAGCCGGGAACAAGUUAGAAAAGGAUCAACACAAGACUUCACCUGGGAACAAGUUAGACGAGAGAUUCAUGGCAGUAACAAUGUGUAUGAUCUGGUGCUACAGCAGCAAGAGAAUCCACAUUGUUUGUGCACUCAUAUAACCCUCGCACGUAAGUACAACUUUCUCUAGAGUUUUGUCUUUAUUUCGUGAAUAAAAUUUACAGGAAUCUCAUCCUCUGCCAUCUUUUGUAUUCUUAAUGCGAUAGAAACAACGGACUCACGUACCUUGACCGGUUUUAACCUGUUCGUCAUGCUCUAGUCUAAUUUAACCGGUUUUAGUUUAGCUCAGGGUCUGAGCUUGACGAUGAGUCCAACCAAGACGGCAAGUCUCCUAUGAAAAUUCUCACCGCUGGGGAUAUUCUGGGUCUUUUUGAGGAAAGUUUUCAAAAAAUUCGGCUACAUGUACAUUAUAUGCGAUCAAAAGACUGCGAUGGUUCACGAUUUUUCCGUGGAGCGUUCAUGGGCGGAAAUAGUUUUGUUUUCAAUCCAGAAGCUAAUUCCUUGUUGUUUCGCGAAUUCUGGCCUUGACUAAAACAACAUCAUUGUAUGAUGACUCGGAAAUUAAGGAAAUCAAAUAAUUCAUUAACGUUUAUUACUGAUCAUGACGAAAAUAGUUUCAAUCAGCAACAACAAUAAGCUUUAUUUUCAGUACUAUAACAAAGUAUUACAGUAUUGCAAAAGCUACUUGAAUUUAAUCAUUGAUUUCUUUUUUAAAUUAAAUAUUUAAAAUAUUAACUUUAAAUAUAAUAAUCAUUGCUUAUUUUCAACCAUCAGUAGGAUUGAUUAUUCCGAUCAUUUGCUGAUAAGACUGAGUGUCAAAUCAGCCACUGCCAAGCUAUCUUUUCAGAGGCCCAUUACUUUACCAAAGAACAAUAACCAGCCAAAAAAACAUACAUGGGCUGGGAUAGUGACAUUCACUCGGAUAGUAGGUUUGUCAAGAGUUCCUGUGGAGGUUUGUGUUAGUUAAUGAAUGUUUGGAUCAGGGUCCAAAGAAAAUCAUUUUACAGCUUGCCAUUCGGGCAAGCCGAAGCUAACAUUUACUAGCCCAAGCAUCAUUUCAACUAGCCCCAGAAACGUUUUGAUGAGCAGAUUGAUUUCACAGUUCUUCUGUAAUUUGAAUUCCUCCAAAAGACAUCAAGUUAAUAGCAGAAUUCACUAGCCCCGGGCUAUCGGACACUACUUUCUAUCAAUUAGGUUUCUGGGAAACUGCCCAACAACCCCUCCCCUAAGCUAACAUUAACACUUACUUCUCGCUUAGAGCAAAAUGAUGGCUUAGGGGAGGGGUAGGUGGGCGAAUAUUGCGAAUGUUUGAUGAAAUAAAGAAUUUCCCUUUUUAUUCUUUCCUUUUUACGCCAUAGAUGUGUCACCCACAGGGACCCUAGACUGUGAAAUAAGUGCACAGAACUGUCAACCUCCUUUGGAGACAAAAACCCGUACAGUAACGCCGAAAGACUCUAAAGUGAAUUUGAACUGCUCGAUUAAGAAUGGGGGAAAAGUACAAGACAUGACCUGGCAGUACCUUGAAAAACACCUUAAUGCCAGUGACGCCGGUCUGUUCGUACAACACAUCGAUUCAAAGAAUAGAAGUCAGCCACGUGAAUAUUUUUCUAUAAAAUACGCCAGUGAGUAUGUUCUUCUUUUGCCCUGUCUGUAUCAAAUUGAUGGGGAGAAAAAUAUCAUAAUGCGGCCAUCAGUUCUUUUGUGUGUGUCUUAUUUUUUAAAUGGAUUAUAACGAAUCCUAUGAAUGCCUCGUAACAGGUUUAGGUAGAUUCAAGCUUAGCUGAGGCAAUUUUUACGGUUGGAUUGAUCGUAAAAACACGGUUGAAGUUAUAACCAGCUAAAUCACCUCACUUGAUCAUGGUCCGCUCGCUAAACUCUAGUUGCCAUGCCAUGCUGGAGGGCAAGCAAAGCAAAGGGACAUGACAAACAACAAACAAAGGAAUCAUUUUAAAAGAUGUUAGCUUUUUGUUUGGCUUGACUCAGUGCGUAGGGCCUCGCUCUCCAGCAUGGCAGGUUUGUGCCACAAAAGUGACUUACUGCAAAGGGCCUAUUUUUAAAAUGAACAAGGCAUGGAGUAAAACAUGGUUGGUUGGAAGGUGUCGGUAAGACAGAUGACUGUAGUUAUCUUAAAAAUCGUGAGCCAGGCAACGACGACGGCAGUGAAAAUGUCGCUAAAAAAUUAAAUUUGCCAUAUUUCAAAUGUUAUCGCGUCUAUUUGGAGCUGCUUAAUUUGUCAAAUGUAGGCAGUUUUGUCUUAGAGUUGAAUUCUUAUGGACUAUAUUCAGGAUCAGAAAGAAAAAGGAGAAUUCGUCGUCAUAUGUUCACUUUCUCUAUAAAACGUUGUAUUACUAGGUUUCACUUCAUAGUCGUGCGGUCAACGUCAAAGAAUAGACUAAGAAGCGUGACGCAUGUGCAGCAACUGUUGUUUUCAUGUUAAAACCAAUUGGUGGUCGUGGUGGUUCAGAUUUUGAUAUUUUUUUGUACUAAUUUAAGAGGUUGCUUUAAAAAUUACAAAUAUAUCACAAAAACAACGAGAAGAAAACCAGCAAAUUACAUACAUCCUGAUCAAAGGUGAAAUCUGCGCAGUGGCCAAAGGAGCUUAGGCUUUCGAGUUAGUCACUUAAGCUCCCUAGUUUAAAUGACUGGGUGCAUGACUUACGAGCUUUGAAAUUAAGACGAAGAAUUCCUUCUCAGUUCCAGUUAAGAGAGUAUCUAAGACAAGUUCUCCCGUUGACUACUAUCCUGACACGAGAGAAAUGGAACUGAAGUGUACCUUCAAGGGAUGGCCUCGUCCUCGUGUAGUUUGGUACAAUCCAAGUAACAAACAAAUCAUCAACGGAUCUGAAGGUUUUUACAUCUCAGAGCAGCUGGAUCGAGAGGAUACCUUAAUUUCCCUUCUCCGUAAUGCUGAUAUCCAAGAAAAACACCGAGGGGCUUAUAAAUGCACUGGAAUGAACAACAUUACCAACUGGUCG